CUCGCUCGUGGGCAGGAGGCAGCUCUCCCGGGGGAGGGGGAUUGAUCACCCCGCCCCCUGGGGGCUUCCUGCAGCGUCCCCCGCCGCAGCGAGUCAGCCGGUGAGAGAGACACGGGCGGCGUCACUUGUCCCUGGAGAGAGGAAUGACCAGCCUGGUGAUGUGUGCUCCAGGCCAGGAGCUCAGCCAGCCAGCGGGCCGGGAUCCCAGUGAUCCCUGCUAGCGACUGCCUGGCGGCACAGACCUACGGGCAGGGCUACGGUCCUCCUUAGACGCAUUAGGUCGAAUUUAUAAUGUGUGCGUCUACACUACCCAGCCCUUUCUGCCGACUUAAAGGGCUCUUAAAACCCACGCCUGUCCCCCACCUGGAGGAGAGGAGUAGCGCCAGAGUCGACCUUCCCGGGUCCAAUUAGGGGUAGUGUAGACACAGCACAGUGUAAUUCCAGGGGUUUGGCCUCCUGGAGUUAUCCCAGAGUGCUCCAAUGUGACCGCUCUGGACAGCACUUUCAACCCCACUGCACUUCAGCCAGGUACACAGGGCCCUUUUGCAUUCCAUUUCCUGUUUGAUCAGCCUGGGGAGCUCACCACCGCCCCUGACCAUGGCUGCCCAGGGCCGCAGACGUGCUCCAGCCUUUAGCGUUCAGGAGACACUGGAUCUGAUUGCCCUGUGGGGAGAAGAGCCUGGGCAGGCAGAGCGCUAUGCCCAAAUCGCACAGCGCAUGGGGGGGAAAGGCUACACCAGGGACUCACAGCAGUGCCGUGUGAAAAUCAAGGCCCUCGUGCGAGCAUACCUGAAGACAAGGAUGGCAAAUAGUUGCCCUGGGGCUGAGCCACAGACAUGCCGCUUCUAUGAGCAGCUGCAUGCAAUUCUAGACAGGGACUUCACCGGUGUGCCAGUAUUCGUCGUGGAUAGCUCCCGGGUGGCCACGGGCAACAGCGAGGAGGACACUGUUGAUGAGGAGGAGGAGGAGGAGGAGGAGGAGAAUGUACAGCAGGCAAGCAGAGGAUCCAUUCUCUCCGACAACCAGGACCUUUUCCUAACUCGGGUGCCAGCCCCCUCCCAGGACCCACUGUUGCAGGACUGUGAUGGUGGGGAAGGCACCUCUGCUGCAAAUGUUUCAACGCUCCCCCUAUCAUCUCCGUCCCAGAGGCUAGCACGGAUAAAAAGGCAAAAAAACCGCACCCGCGAUGAAAUGUUCUCUGAGCUCAUGCAGGCCUCCCGUGCUGCAAGAGCUCAGCAGAAUGCGUGGAGGCAGACAAUGGCAGAGUCCCUGAAAGCAGAAAACGAAUGCCAGAAGAGGUGGCGGGAGCGCGUUUAUAGGAGGCAGGAUGCAAUGCUGAGGCUAAUGCGGGAGCAAACUGACAUACUUCGGCGUCUGGUGGAGCUGCAGGAAAGGCAGCAGGAGCACAGACCGCCGCUGCAGCCCCUGUGUAACCACCCGCCCUCCUCCCCAAGUUCCAUAGCCUCCUCACCCUGACACCCAAGAGCGUGGCGGGGGGUCCCCCUCCGGGCACCCAGCCACUCCACCCCAGAGGAUUGCCCAAGCAACAGAAGGCUAGCAUUCAAAUACAUUUUGAAGUGCAGUGUGGCCUUGUCCUUCCCUCCUCCCCCACCCCACCAGGUGCUUCCCUCCUCCCCCACCCCUCCCGGGCUACCUGGGCAGUUCUCCCCCUAUUUGUGUGAUGAAUUAAUAAA